GCCGCACCGAGACCCGGGGGUUGGGUUAAUGCAUUGGGUCAGAGAGUGGCAGAGGCCGAUCUCCGCUGCAGAUGUCUGCUUCGUGCAAGGUUGGCUCGAAGAGCCUCAUAGACAGGUUAAACAGAGACUGGAAGAUGCCUCUAUAGCUGAUGUUCACAAGGAAAAGAAUCACGUGAUGUUUGAAGGCAAACACAUACACUUCUCAGAGGUCGAUAACAAGCCACUGUGCUCCUACAGCCCCAAGCUCUGCAAGCAGCGCCGGCUCAACGGUUACGCAUUCUGCAUCCGACACGUUCUGGAGGAUAAAACCGCUCCUUUCAAACAAUGUGAAUUUGUGGCCAAGUACAACAGUCAGCGGUGCACAAACCCUAUUCCACAAUCUGAGGAUCGAAGAUAUUGCAACAGCCACCUGCAGGUCCUCGGUUUGGUCCCUAAAAAGGAGCGAAAGAAAAAGAAUGAGCAGCUAGACGAGGUGCGCCACAGACCGCAUCUCGAUGCCGCCAUGGCAGUCAGCCUGGCAGUGCCCUCGCUGGCUUUGAAGACAGCAAAUGGCUUAGAUGUGCCAACACUGUCACCGCAGAGGCCACGGCUGCCUCUCCAGUACUUGGAGCAAGAACUUGACGACCCGUUCGCUUUCCCCGACGAUGACGAGUGUGCACUGAAAAAAGGGACGGUGAAACGCAAGCUUCAGACCAAACUGGCUCAGAACCGGCAGCAAAGGCUGAGAGAGCCUGAGAUUUUCAAACUGCGACCAGAGCACUUUAACCCCCAUCCUGUAGCACCGCAGCUAGUCUAUUCUCGCACUCCCCCUCUUUCCAGCCCCCCCAAACCCACAGGACUGCCGCAGGGCUUAUUAUGCAAAGCGUCUCAGCCUCCCACCCCAAGCCAGUCGCAAGGGACGGCUCACUGUACAAUACCUACAGCGCCCGCUGUUCACUCACCAAACAGGAAGCCCCACCAGUCCACUUCCCCGCCUCACCUCCCACCGCCAGCACCCCCACCGGCCCCAGCUCCACCUGCUGCUGCAUCAACUUCUCCCCGGGCUGACGUCGUCAUUCUCAAAGCAUCAAACUCCACACCGGUGUGCAGGCCGCAUGUGGCCUGUGUGAGCAGACUCCAGAGACUAGCCAAACUGUGCGCCGAGAAACAGCUGCUGCACCGAGAUCUCUUUCCACAUUUAGGGCUGGACUGGUCUGAGGACAGUGAAGAGGAGGAGGAGGAAGAUGACGAGCGGGUACCGUCAUGCCAGGACUCGUGCACGCUCGGUGACAAGUGGACUCUGUGUAGCCCUGACCCUGAAGAUGAGGCGACGAGUACAAGAAGCUUGAGAAUGACACGACUCUGCACUUACCUGCAGCACAGAUACAUGCAGCUGUGUCGUGUGGAGAGAGCGGCGGUACGCAAGCAGAGGUGUCGGCAUGCGUUUCGCAUGGCGCUACUGCAGGCAGCCAACAAAGAGCCUGACUACACUGGGCAGCUGCUUCGAGAACUCCGAACAGGGUCACCCACACAGACCAGCACAAAGCAGACAGACCUCAGCGUAGUGGAUCCAGCACUGUGCACAGGAAUCAUCAAGGGCCAGCACUGCACCAACAUGGCUCUUCCAUAUACCAGGCACUGUUUCAACAUAUUUCAGCUCUCCUACCCUGUUGGAUUCAAUAUCCUGCUGAGUCGCUCGCAGCAGCUGUUCUCCAGCUGCACGGCCAAGUUUGCAGACGGGCAGCAGUGUUCCAUUCCAGUGUUUGACAUCACGCACCAAACCCCACUGUGUGAAGAGCACGCAAAGAAAAUGGAUAAUUUCUUACGAGGGGACAGCAACCGCAAGGUACAGCAACAGAGGAAGCCCAGGAAGAAAACGAAGCCUCCAGCACUUACCAAAAAACACAAGAAGAAGAGGCGGAGAGGACCACGGAGGCCUCAGAAGCCGAUUCCUCCAGCUGUACCCCAGGGCAACCUCUCCAUGCCUGGCACUCUUGGUGUGUCAGUUUUGGCCUCACAUGUUCGGAAUUCUUCCACUCCAGAGCUCAGUGCCGAUGAAAUCACUGAUGACAUCACCAACGAGAUCACAGACAUGCCAAAUGACCUGGAACUGAAUCAAGAAGAGUUGGCAGAGGUGCUUCAACGGCUACCUGACGACCUGCAGGACUUUGAUCUUUUUGAAGGUAAAAACGGUGAGCUGUUGCCAACGACUGAGGAGGCGGAGGAGCUGGAGCGAGCGCUGGAGGCAGUGACAUCCUAUGCGGCCUCGCUGGAGCGGCUGAGUUCGAUCGGUGAUCUGUCGCACACAGAGGGAGAGGCGGGCUCCGAGCUGACGGGCAGGGGGAUGGGGGUGUUUGCUGCCGCUGCUGCCGCAGCAGGAAUGCCAGCCCUGAGCAGGGCUGUGAACAACCAACUGGGAGAUCUCCUGAACGGGCGCAUGGCCCCCGAGAACUUCACCAACCUAGAGCUGGACGAGAACCUCCUUCACCCGGCCGCACUGUCGAACCCAGAGAGUUCAGUGGCCAAUCACGUUCAGUAUCCUGCCCCGUCCAGCGUGGGCCUCGCCUCGUCAGCCCUGAGCGGCCACAGCGCUCUCGGGGAUCGGACUUAUUCGUCUCACUUUCAAAGCAACCACGCCUCUCCCCGGGCACAGGGCAACCCGAUGCUGGGGAAAAGCGAGGACUUGAUGCCGCCCCAGCAAUACAGCAGCGACCACUCGCACUCUUCCCCACACAGCAGCCACUACAGCAGCGAACAUGUCCCCUCUCCCUAUAGCGACCACAUCACUUCGCCCCUGCCCCACACGACGCCCUACUCUGGGGACUCCCUGACCACCACAUUCCCCACCGCUGAAGUGACUCUACUAACACCCCACAUUUUGCCAGCUCAGCUGGAGGUGUCACUGGGUGGAGCAGUUAACCCCAGACCACAAUGGAGCACCAUCAACCUCAGCGACCCAGCUACAUUCAGCAACCUGAUCUCAGUCGGAGCAGAGGGACAUCUACUCUCCACCUCGCUCUCCACCCCACUCUCCACCCCUCACUCAGCGUCCAUACAAACGGCCUUCUCCACGGCGACGCCCAGCAGCACUGUCCUCUUUCCAGGGCUCACCCAGGCUGGUUUCAGCAAUGUCACCACAGUGGGACCUUCCUCGCCUCCUGACCUGCUGAUUUCCAACCCUUCCAAACAACAGCUGCCCCAGUUCAGCGCGGCUUUUGGCCCCCAGCUUGCCUCCUCACACAGUGGCAUUCCCAAGGAUGUCCAGCCCACACACAGUUCUAUAGCGCCUCCCACGGGCUUUGCCGUGACGGCUCCAGCUGCUGCCACCAGUACGAACAAUGUCGCAGUUCCUUUCAGCACUCAGAAGUGAAAGUGGGCAGAUCUGUCGUGUGACUGGCCACCCGUUUCUUGGUUUGCAAGCAAAAGUAGAGUGUCUGACGUUCCGCUGGUCUUUUACGGUGUUUGGGGAUUGAGGGUGUCGUUCUUAGUUUUCGGGGCCGGGCAUUGCCAGGCCUUCCUUACACCAGGGCAGAGAACAAGAUUUGGAGUUUUGAGAGCAUUAACGAGAAAAUAUCCAGUGAUCAAACGGAAAUGCCAAUGAUUUCCCCAUUCCAUCUACGUGAAAUUUGCUAUUUUCUCGUUAAGUUCCUUUCUCCCCUCUUCCACCAACAACCCUUAUCAUUAUUUAAACUAACAUGUCGUCACCAAGUCAUUUUGUCGACUGUUUUGGUGCAUUUCUUGAAUCUAAAUGUUCUCAUCCCUCUCUUCCCUGGUAUCCCAGCGUUGGCAUCUUUGAAUCAGGUUGUCCGCAUUGACUGCUUGUUGAGAUUACAAAAGAGUUAACAACCCAGUCACCUUUAAAUAGUUGCAUAUGGCCAAGAUGUCAGUUUAGACCUGAAUUCCCAUCAAUCAAACUGUCCAACUUCCUUGGCCACAGUGGACACCUUUUGAUCGCUAGAUAUUUUGCCCAAGCAGCCACUGUGAAUUAGGGUGAUUUGAUCCACCGAGCUUUCAAAAGGGUAGAUGACCUUCCGGAGGUCAAUCUGCCCCUCCUAUUCAGGGCUAAAGAGCGUAAUACAUUCAGUUUUGAGUAUAUUUUUAUGUAAAUACAUUAGUACAUUUUAUGAUGCCAUUACGUAUCUAUUUGUAAAAUCUUUUGUGGCAUAUUGUUUGGUUUCAUUCUCGUAAGUAGGUGUUCAGCUCACUGAACCUUUUGCAAAUGAAUGAUAGACUGUGGAUCAGGUGCUCACAGUCUAUUCAGCCAGUGCACAUGCAGGUCGCUAGCUGCCACUGCUUUCUCGAGCAAGAUGGCAGAACUACUGUUUAAGUUUUUAAAAGUACAAUCCUAAAACCUGGUGAAGUCUUCUGUGCAUGAACUACUACAAGCAAACCAUUUUCAGGCUGUAAGGACACUUCAGAGCACUUUUUAAAAAAAAUGUAAUAUUCACGUGGGUUCAAAUUGUUAGGUUCAAAGCCAUGACUAUAAGUCGUCUUGCCCAAACUCCUUGUUUCUUUUUGCCAGCCCCCCCACCCACAACCAACCCAUCCCCCUUUGGUCUCCAGCCACUCCACACCCAUCAGGAAGGGCAGCAGAAGCAGUAAGUGGAGAAACACGUUUGCCCUGUGGUCCUGAGCUCCCAGUUCUAUUUGCAUUCAUCAUCCUACUUUUAGUCCUCUGUUUGCCAUUCAGCAAAAUAGGUAAAGAUGUAAAAUCUCUUAAGCAUUAUAGUUC